UAAACAACAAUGUCUACGGAACGUUUUGACUGCCAUUACUGCAAGGACACUUUGCUCGGAAAGAAAUACAUCCUAAAAGAGGACACACAAUAUUGCACGAAAUGCUAUGAGAAUCUGUUUGCUAACUGCUGUGAGGUGUGUUCUUUGCCAAUUGGAUGCAACUGUAAGGACCUUUCCUACAAGGACCGGCACUGGCAUGAAAACUGCUUCAAGUGCGCCAAAUGCAGUCGAUCAUUGGUGGAAAAACCAUUUGCUGCUAAAGAUGACCUUAUGCUUUGCACCGAGUGCUAUUCUCAUGAGUAUUCCUCCAAGUGUAGCACCUGCAAGAAGACUGUCAUGCCAGGAGCACGAAAAAUGGAGUACAAAGGGAACAGCUGGCAUGAGACGUGCUUUCUGUGUCAACGCUGUCAGCAGCCAAUAGGAACCAAGUCUUUCAUCCCUAAAGAUAACAAUUACUUCUGUGUCCCUUGUUUUGAGAAGCAAUUCGCCUACCAAUGCUGUGCUUGUAAAAAAGCCAUUACAACUGGCGGUGUCACGUAUCAAGACAAGCCCUGGCACCGCGAGUGUUUCACUUGCAUUGGAUGCAAGAGACAACUGGCAGGCCAGCGCUUUACCUCGAGAGAAAACUACCCAUACUGCCUGGAUUGCUUCAGCAAUCUGUAUGCCAAGAAAUGCGUGGGCUGCACUAAGCCAAUUACUAGCUUGGCUGGUGCUAAGUACAUCUCGUUUGAAGAACGACAGUGGCACAGUGAGUGUUUCACGUGUAUGCAGUGCUCUGUGUCUCUGGUGGGCCGUGGAUUCCUCACCCAGCGGGAUGACAUCCUGUGCACUGACUGUGGAAGGGAGAAGUGAGCUCAUCUGACAGGGUCAGAAAACCACAAGAGGAGCACAGUUGUCCAACUGUUGCAGAAAAGCUGUUGAGGGCAAAAUAGAUUCAGAUUUGGAUUUCUGCUCACAUAAAUGGAAUGAUGAAUAAAAAUGAACAAUGAAUAGAUUAAUUAUCUGUGUCGCCUGCUGAUUAAGAUGCUUAAUGUUUUGUUUAAUAAGUUCGCUGUUAUUAAAAUUUGGAAACAAUUGUCCUCAUAAAGAAUGGAAAAAUAUUGAAAAUGUUUGAAAAGUUUAAACGUUCAAGCACACACAAAGUGCGCUUUUAGUUAAUAAACUUGUGUUUUCAUCUUGUCUACUGCCUGUUUUUUAAAGUCUAAAGAUACGUAAACAUGCACUUCCCCAUACUACAACUACAACGCAUACGUUAAUGGCCACUAUGAAUUAGGUGAAUGGUGGGAAUGAUUCUCAGGGAUCUACUGUCUAUUGUCACGAUCACUGUCUGUGCCUGUCAGUUCCUGGACUCCACUUCCCAUAAUCCUCCCUUCCAAUCACAUGCACCAAUCACCCAUUGCCACACACACCUGCAGAUCAUUACCUGGACUAUUUAAGACACACACACACACACACACACACACACACACACACCCCCUUGGCGAAGUCUUGAUUUGCUGUGGUGAUCAUUACUGAGCGUUUUCUUGUGGACCGUUUCCUGGUUUCCGGUUGGAUUGUUUAUUCUUUGUGAUUCUCUGCUGCCUGCCCUGAACCUUGCCUGUGUACUGGACUGUGUUUGUUUGCCGCCUGCCCUGAUCUCUGCCUGUGACCCGAUACUGUUCGUCUGCCGCCUGCCUCGUCCAUUGCCUGUCCCUGUUUAUGUUCCUGCCUUUGCCCCUGUCUACCUGUGUAAAUACUGUUCUUAAUAAAGCUUGCAAAUGGAUCCCCGCCUGAGUCUCGCUUCGUUACAUCUAUAGUGAGAAACUAAGCUUAAUUAAACUUGUAUGUUUCUGGGAACAAUAUCAGUCAUUGAUAUCUUUGGUUCAUUUUCCUUUGAUAGAAAGACUGUACAUAUAAAUACAUAAAACUGCUAUUUUGUUGAGGCAUAAUUAUACAAACAUUAAAAAAAAAAAAAAACAUUUUUGAUUCCAUGGGGUUGUUUAAAGGGGAACUUUUCUGUUUAAGUUUCACUAGUGAAAUAAAAUGAGAAGAGGUGCAUUCAAGCCAUGUCAGAAUUACUGUAAUUAUGAUAUUAUGACUUGUAAAAAGCAUUCACGUCCUGUAAUUACAACUUGUAAAC